AUGGCCCGACAGGUAGACGCGGCUCGCAGCCUUCCCAUCGCCCCGCACUCGGGGCGGGCCCAGAGUCCCCGCUUCCCCCCAAGCCCCUUCCCCGGGGCGGCUUUCCGCCGACGUCCGAGAGGAGAGGCACGGGCUCGGUCCAGGGAGGCCGGUCUCCCCUUUCGGCAAGGCAAAGAGAGACCUGCGUGCGGGGGUCUCUCCGCCUCUCCUCCGCCGGACACAGGACACAAAGCCCAGGCUGCUCCUUCCUUCAUCGCGAUCGCGCUUCGCUUCCGUCUCCCCGCCCGGCAGAGGCGAGGGACCGAGUGUGACGGGGACGGCUGGGCGCGAGACCCGGGCGGGAGACGAGGACGGCGCGGGCGGGCGGGCGGGCGGGCGGACGGGGCCUCGUCUCGUCUUUUCGGCUCAAGAUUCCCAAAGCCGCGCCCGCGCCCGCCGCGCCCCGCCCCGCCCUGCCUUCCUCUCCCGCGGCCGUCCGGCCGGCCGGGAAGAGCCCAAGCGCUCGCUCGCUCGCUCGCUCGCUCCCCAGGGACCCACCCGGCGCGGCUCUCCUCCGCCAGCGAGCGAGCGAGCGUCUCCGGGGUUCGCAGGGCGCUCCGCCGCGGUGGGCGCCUCGCUUCGCCUCAGCCCGCGGCGCGCGGGGCGGACCCGGGCAGGGCGGGCGGCCACGAGGCCGGAGCGCGCCGCGCCGCGCCGCGCCGCUCCCUCGGCCGGCCCGACCCCCGGGGCGCGCCCACAGGCUCUCCCGCCCCCGCGGCCGGGAAGGCAGCCGACCCACCUGCCCGGCCUCGGCUCGGCCCCGCGCCCCGCGGCCCCGGGGAGCGGCUCCGGCCCGGGCCCCGCCUCGCGCCUCCGGGCUGCAGUUGCGGGCUGCGGGCUGCCUCCACUCCAGGCCCCGACCGCGCAGGAAGGAGCCUUCGCCCUCCUCCUCCUCCUCCUCCUCCGCCCGCUCCCGGCGCCCGCGCCCCGGCCCCGGCCCCGGCGCCCGGCCAGUUCCGGCCUCGGGCGGGCUUCCCGGCCCUCGCCCGCCCGGCCCCGCCGACCGCGCCGGCUGCUGUCACCGAGGGGCCCGCCCCGCCCCGCGCGCGGCUCACCGGGCCCAGCUGCUGCGCGCGCGCCGACGUCCCCGGGAGCUGCGGACCAGACCGAGCGCGGCGCUCCGAGCCUCCGACCGCUGCUGCCGCCGCCGCCCGCCCGCUCUGCCUCGGCCCCCGGCCCCCGGCCCCGGCCUCUGCCUCUGCCUCUGCCUCGCCUCUGGCUCCCGGCGCCGCCGCCGCCGCCGCCGCCGCCGCGGCCCCGCCCCCGCGCCGCGCCGUAGCCAAUCAGCGCGCCGGGUACGCCCACUUCCGGGUGACGCCCCGGCCCGGCCCGGCCCGGCCCGCCGCGCGCGCGCCCCCGCCGGUCGCGCCGGGGUCUGCAGCCGACCGGGUCGGGUCGUGGCGGCGGCGGCCCGGACGGCGGGAGGAGGAGGAAGAGGAGGAGGAAGAGCAAGGCGCCGCCCCGCCCGCCGAAGGCCACGCCCCCCGGGCCCGAGCGAAGCCCUCGCCUCCUCCGAACCCGGCGCGGGGUUGGUUCUUCGAGCCCGGGCCUUUCGCCGCCCGCCCCGCCCCGCCCCGCCCCGCCACGCAUCAGAGACCCGGAGCCGCCUUCAGAGCCCCACGUCGGCGCGUACAAGACUCUCGGCCCCGCCCUCGCCCCGCCCAGCCCAGCACGUCUAAAGCCCGCGGCCCUCGCUCGGGUCUCCGCCCUCACGUCUUCGGCGCCACCCAAACCCCGCCCCGCUCCUCGAAGGCCCGCCCCCGCCCGGCGAAGGGAGGAGAUUCCCCAGGGCCCGCCCCCGGUUCUCACAGCCACGCCCCACGGCGCCUACAAGGCCCGCCCACCGGCCCGCCCACUGCCCGGUUAAAGGCGGAAACGUUCCAAACCCCGCUCCCCCAUCCGGAGCCCCGCUCAUGGCCCACUAGCCACGCCCUCUUCUGCCUUGACCUCCCCUUGCGGCUGUCCUGCUCCCAACUCUGGGGUGACACCCCAUGGAGCAUUGAGGAAACUGGGCCUAAUUCCAGCCUGUCUGCGGGGCUGGAGAAAAAUGCCGUCGAUUCACCCACCUCACGGAUCUUUGCAGGACCCCGUCUAGCUACAAGACUUUCCAGGCGGUGCUUCACUGAAGACUUAGCAGAACCGCAGCUGCCGUGGCCAAGCGGGGCCUCCGUCUUCCGCCUGCAGGGAACCCUGUUAAUCACUAACAACAAAGGCCCAGGCAAGAGGCACCCAGUGCCAGCAACUCAGUGCCAGCAGACCCCAGGCACCCUGCGGCCUUCGGACCCAGCCGAGAAAGGCCUCACCAUCCCCACCACAGCUUCAAGGCAGCACCCAGCACCCCCUGGGUCCACCUGA